GUAAAAUCAUCUCCUUAACAUAAUAGUCCAAAGAAAGGUCCAAUUCACCGUCCAAAUACAGUCGUCCCUACCCCGCGUUCACACUUACCCACACGCUUCCUUACCUAUAUAAUCUAAUCUUCAUAAUUCCCCCAAUUUCAUUUCAUUUCAGUUCCACACUUCCAUCAUCAAAUCUGAAACCGAACUUUCACAUUCUUCUCUUUCAGGCUUUUCCUCAAACACCUUUGUAAUUUCUUUUUUUCUCGUUUUCACUUUUAAUGGAAAUAUCAUCUUUCCCACUUCUUAAUCAAGACGACUUUUCACAUUUCUAUUCUUUAUUACAAGACAUGGAUAGUUCUAAUGCAGACACUAAUAAUACCAAUGGGUCUUCUGCUGCUUCUUCUUUUGGUCUCAACAAUGAUAUAAAGAAGCGAAAGAGGAAGAGUGACAAUGAAGAUAAUGAUCCUUUUCUUCUUCAGUUACCUAAUACAGAAGAUGAUUUGAAGAAGAGUACAACAAUGAGAAAUAUACUUGCUUCUCUUUUAAUGUUAGACGAAGAAGAGAAACAAGAACAACAACAGUGGCUCAUUGAUUCUCAGCAAGAUAAAUCACUGUUCGAUUCCAAUUCCAAGCGAAAAAUUCAAGCUAUGGAUGCUUAUAGUUCUCAUCUCCAAAACCAUUUCACUGAUUUACAUGAACUUGAUCAUUCAAGAAUCAAAAAGGCGCGACGCUCUGCUUCUGCUUCUGCUGCUGCUGCUGCUGCUGUUGCUGUUGCAAGUAAUAAUGUGGCUUCUGCUGAUUCAGCUCAGAGCAACGGCGGUGGCGCUAGUGGGUCAGGUCAGCACCGGCGGUUAUGGGUUAAAGACAGGUCGAAGGAUUGGUGGGAAAAAUGUAGCCAUCCAGAUUUUCCGGAAGAGGAGUUCAAGAAAGCAUUUCGAAUGAGUAAGGCAACGUUUGAGACGAUAUGUAAUGAGUUGGAUUCUGCUGUCACUAAAAAGAAUACAAUGUUGCGCGACGCCAUUCCUGUUCGCCAACGUGUCGCUGUUUGUAUUUGGAGGUUGGCCACUGGUGAGCCUUUACGUCUCGUGUCGAAAAGGUUUGGAUUGGGGAUAUCAACUUGUCAUAAGUUGGUUCUUGAGGUUUGUUCUGCUAUAAGGAAUGUGUUAAUGCCCAGGUUUCUUCAGUGGCCCGAUGAAGAGAAAUUGAGGAUGAUCAAGAGCGAGUAUGAAGCAGUGUCAGGUAUACCAAAUGUUGGAGGCUCGAUGUAUACUACUCAUAUUCCAAUUAUUGCACCGAAGAUUAGUGUUGCUGCUUAUUUCAACAAGAGGCAUACUGAGAGGAACCAGAAGACAUCGUAUUCGAUGACAGUUCAAGGAGUCGUUGAUCCAAGAGGUGUUUUCACCGAUGUGUGCAUCGGCUGGCCUGGGUCAAUGACUGAUGAUCAAGUGUUGGAGAAGUCUGCUUUGUUCCAGAGGGCUAAUAGGGGAGCUUUGAAGGAUGUAUGGAUUGUUGGGAAUUCUGGGUACCCUUUGAUGGACUGGGUUCUUGUACCUUACACACAUCAAAAUUUGACUUGGACACAGCAUGCUUUCAAUGAGAAAAUUGGAGAGGUUCAGAGGGUGGGUAAAGAAGCAUUUGCAAGACUGAAAGCAAGGUGGUCUUGCUUGCAGAAGAGAACUGAAGUGAAGCUGCAAGAUUUGCCAGUGGUUCUUGGUGCUUGUUGUGUGUUGCACAACAUCUGUGAGAUGAGAAAUGAGGAGAUAGAACCUGGGCAUAGGUAUGAGAUUUUUGAUGAUGAGAUGAUUCCUGAAAAUGGGUUGAGAUCAGUUGGUGCUAUCCAGGCCAGAGAUCACAUUGCUCAUAACCUUUUGCAUCACGGCCUUGCAGGCACUUCUUUCCUAUAGUUACUAAGUUAUCAUUGAUUCUGUAGGAUGGAUUUGUAGUAGUUUUUGCAUUUUCUAUUAGUUUAGCUCAUGGGUGGUGGGUUAUCAUAUUGUACUAUUAGAGAACAGAUCGCCAGAUUUUUUUGAUGGGUCGAUGUAAAAUAUUUAUUUUACCCAUCCAACAAAUAAACGGAUUAAUUUACUUA